GAAAUCAUAAUCUCAGAAACCCUAACCAAAAAUCAUUCCAUCAGUGCAUAAAAAUAAACAGAAUCAAUCGGUAUUGAAUCGUGAAAAUAGACGAAAAAUGGGAGAACCUGGAGGAAAUUCUGCAGCAGAGAUUUCACUGAAAGAUCAGGGCAAUGAGUUCUUCAAAGCAGGGAACUAUCUCAAAGCGGCAGCUCUCUACACUCAGGCUAUUAAGAAGGAUCCAUCUAAUCCAACUCUUUACAGCAAUCGUGCUGCUGCGUUUCUGAAUUUGGUAAAACUUAACAAAGCUCUAGUUGAUGCAGAGACGACAAUCAGUUUGAAACCAGAUUGGGAAAAGGGUUAUUUCAGGAAGGGAUGUGUCUUAGAGGCUUUGGAACGAUAUGACGAUGCUUUAGCAGCUUUCCAAGUUGCAUUGAAGUACAACUCGCAAAGUUCUGAGGUGUCCAAAAAAAUCAAGAGGCUUACGCAGUUGGCAAGCGAUAAAAGACGAGCUGCAGAAUUGGAAGCUACAAGAUCAAAUGUUGAUAUGAAAAAACAUUUGGAUUCUCUGAAAACCGAACUAUCUGGAAAGUAUGGAGAUGAAGAUUCUUGGAAAGAAAUCUUCUCAUUUGUUGUUGAAACAUUGGAGACUGCAGUAAAAUCAUGGCAUCAAAAUUCAACCCUGGAUCCAAGAACCUAUUUCCUCAUUGACAAGGAUAAGACGGACACUGAAAAAUAUGCUCCGGUUGUUAAUAUUGAUAAGGCAUUUGAAUCUCCACACACGCACAACAAUUGUUUCUCAUUCCUCAGGCAGUAUGCAGAAGAUUCUCUCUCAAAAGCUGCUUGCUUGGUAGUGCCCAAAAAUAUAAUAUCUUAUCCUCAGGUAUGGAAAGGCCAAGGAUCAAGAAAAUGGAAGCAUGGGCAGAGUGACGGUUUCUUUUUCCAAUUUGAAUCACCACUAGUUCAGAAAAUAUGGUUUAUCCCCUGUUCUAGUGAGAAGGGUCAAACAUUGUGCAGGGACCCUGUGACGUUAGACAUUGGUUUGCAUGAAAUUUUCCCUCGUUUAUUCAAGCAUGCGUAGACUUGUUCUGCCAUGUGGAUGAAGAUUCAUCUGAGGAAACACAUGCCGAAAAUGUAGAGCCUCUUGUUGGAUGGAAUUGUAUCAUGAGAUGUGCUGGUGCAUGUUGUCAGUUCCUUGGGUUUACCAAAAUUAUAUGUAUGAAGCAUCCAAAUUGAGGUGUUUUUUUAUUGGGUGAGGUGAGAUUUCUGUAUCCACUGGGCAUGGUUGUACCAGUUGAGGUCUUGGUUGUAGAAGAAACAGAUUCUGUACUGUUGGUAUUGUCGCUUGUAUGAUUCUAUUGUUUUAUUUGAUAAUGUUGGCUGACAUUGAUUUUCCCUUAUUGGAUUAGGUUUCUUGCUCCUA